GUUUUCAUUGCAUCGUUUAUUUUUUUUUACAACGUUUUAAUUAUGACUGAACCUUUAAAACCAAAGAAGUAUUCUUGUAGACUUUUACAUUAUCUUAUUAAAAUUGGAGAUCGCCCCAAGAAUGUAACAUUUUUCCAGGAGGUUCUUGGCAUGAAGGUACAGAGACAUGAAGAGUUCCAAGAAGAACUUCCCCCAUCAAAAGACAGGCCACCUAUUGUCCAUUGGAGCAAAACGUUCUUUGGUUACGGACCCGAGAAUGAAUAUUUCACUGUGGAAUUGGUAUGGAACUCGGAAAUAAGUUCUUAUGAAACAGGAAAUGGUUGUGAAGGAAUCACUAUUGUAUCCAGGGAAUCUAUUGCCAGAGCUCAUGCAUUAAAAUGGCCUGUAAAAAUGAAGAAUGACGUUCAUUUUGUUGAAUCUCCCGAUGGCUAUAAAUUUUUUCUAGUAGAUGAUCCUCAACCGGACGAUAAAGAUCCCGUUGUUAAUUUGAGCCUGAAUUCAUCACAUAUAGCCAGGAGUGCUAGUUACUGGCUACACAUUUGUGGAACUGCCCUCAUAAGCUGUAGAUAUAGUCAAGUAGUUUUAACUUACGGAGAAAACCAACCAUUUAUUGUGUUCUUAUACAUGAAAGAGCCAUUGAUACAGGGAUCAGGAAAGGGUAGAAUUGUACUUUCCAUACCAUUCAGGGAUUUGCAAGGUAUUGAGACUGCAUCCAGAGAUACUGACCAUAAAAUAAUAGCUCCUUUGAAAUGCGUUGAAAUUUCUGAAAACCAAACAAUAAAUCUCCUUUUUCUAGAAGAUGCAGAUUCUAAUGAAAUUUGUUUUCUUGAUGAAGAAAGUUUUAACAUUAUAUCACGUUAUGAUCCAUUAUCAGAAGCUUUUUUAUACUAUAGCAUGAGAAAGUUUGAAAUGGAAUAUAAAAGUAAAUACAUAAAUUCAGCUUAAAAUUUCAAGAAAUCAUGAAAUCAAGCUGCAGUAGUGAAAUACCUCAAAAUAUUUUAACAAUCAUAUUGUGUAAUAUUAAAAUUAAUACUAUGAAAUAUAUAAAACCAAUCAAUCGAAUGUUGAUCAUGUGAUAUGUUUGUAAUGUAAUAAAUAAAAAAGUUUCAUUUAUGGUGCAGUUAAUGAUUACACGUCUGCAUAUAAAGUUUAAUAUUUCGCUGGGUCAAAUGAACAGCAUUGAUUGAACAAAUUGAA